GGCGAAGCCGAAGCGAUAGCCUCUGACGAGCCGUUUUGAAAGACUUCUGCGAAUAAACAAUUACAGUUCAAGGGCAUCAAAAUGGGACGAAGGAGUCUCCAGGAAACCCUGAGAGUCCCUCCUCCGCUUUCUACAGGAGAGGAGUGCUUUUAAAAACAUUUGAACACUUAAAGGUCAAGCUGAAGGCCCCCAAAGAGGCUUUCGGAACCUUUAGGUUUCGUCCUCAGGAGUGUUUCAAAGGCGAACCUUGGGAGAAUAAUCUUGGAAUUUGUUUGCGUUGUAUUUUGAUUUCAUAUGAGUGUUUUGGAUUAAAAGACAUAACGGGUUAAUUUGAAACAGUGGUGGAAUAUCGUAUCAACUCACGUAGUCGUGACGUCAUAACACCAGUUUCGGCACGUGACCGGCGCUGUCGCUGCGGCGUUCCGCGGAACGUGUCGAAUUUUUUACGGUUUUCGGUUAAUUUUCGAAGUGCAAUAUUAAAAUAAACUUUAAAAACGGCAAAUAAAACACGCGGAAAAUAGUUGGACGUCGUUCGUUUCGGCCCGCAAUACGUAAAUCGGUUUAUAAACGUAAUUUAAGCUAGGAAAAGUCAUGGCGUCCCAACUACUUUUAGUUCGAAUUUGAAUCGGCGUUUGCGUGGUGGCUCUCGGGACGCGACGCGAUCGCGUAAAUUUUCAUUUUGUUGUUAAAAUCAACCCUUAAAUUAAUAAAAACUGACGGGGAAGUGUUAGUAAAUCGGUCUUUUCGGUGUCAUUUGAAGAUUAUCGAAAAUUUAAAUAAAAUGGCGUUUAAAACUUAACGUUUUGUGCCCCUUUUUUCGUGUUUGGAAUCAAGACACCCAAGAUUUCAACGAUAUGUUGAUUUGGGUUCUUGACGAACGAGGAAGAUCCAUCUCGACUUUGGUAAUUGAUGGUUCUCCCAGCAAAGAGAAUGAAUGAGGCUAAAGGAUUCCAGAAAGUCAGCCUCAUAAAAGUUUUGCAGAGAUGCUGAGCGAGAAGACUGAUGUCGCGUCGUUUGCCCUCAUCGCAGAGACCACCCUCAUAUCAACCCGCUAGAGAUAAUCACUACCAGACAACUACAUUAACGACAACUCUACCAGUUCCUCACACCUACAACCACCAAAAUGCGGCACACGUCAACACGGAGAACUUCAAAAACCUUUGCACUGGUUCCUAUCGUACCGGAGGACUUUGCAAUAAGAUAGCGACCUACGACACGGGCGUGAGUGACGAGACCUGUAGUGAUACGAACACUUACUACGACCACCACCAUUUCGGUUACCAGUAUACGUGUAAAAACGAACCAAAAAAUAGUGACUGCAUGUUUUCGGACAGUGAUAAUCAGUUAUCGUACUACGAGUGCGGCGAGACGUUACCAAAGCGCUUUUCUAGGCACAAUUUUCACGAUCCUGCAGGCGUCGUUAAGAAAACAGCGCACAGGGAGAAGUGCAACUCGAGAAAAGUGUACCCAAACCAGUCCAGCUUGCAGAGGCCUGCCGGUGGCGUUUCGUUAAACUUACCGAUCCGUUUGCCAACGUCACGAAUAUCAGAUCGGCCACAAAGCUCCCUCAGUUCUGGUGUAACCAGUACUGUGGUGGACGGUUGCGGAGGACAUUGCCAAACAUUCGAAAACAUUUGCUAUUAUUUCCUACAAGUCGCCUUUACCAUGGGAAUUUUGAUCGGGACUUCUCUUUCGAUCGCCGGUGCGGUACUACGAAAGUCAGCGGCCAGAAAUUUACAAGUUUUGGUGUACAUAGGAGCGUUGCUUUCAAUGGUCAGCGCGCUUCUGCUGGCCAUUCAGUGCAGUGCCCGUUACAACGUGCAAAAACGAAAGAAGGCCCUAAAAAACGCGAAAAGAUCUACAAUUCCGCUGGAAACCAUACACACGAGACCUGUCGUUUUGCAACAGCAGCCGUUGAUAAAUGACAGAAAUCCAGCGUUGCAACGUCUAACAAAUAACGAUCAGCAAGGUAUCCCGUGGUGGAGACGAAAGGACUUAAAUUAGUGCUUUGUAAAUAAGUAUCACCUACUAUAGAUAUACAGUACAAUUGCUAAAGUAUUUAUUUUCCUACUAAUGUGUAGUGUCGAUAAUUUUAAGCAAAGUUUUGCUCUUCUAUUAUUUAUAUUUUUCUACCUCAAAUAUGACAUAAUUAAUAAAAUACUUGAAUAUUUUUUCUCGGA